GCCAUGGCAUUGGGGCUAUUAGGAGGAACAGGCUCUGGGUAGGAGUUCCCAAACCAGAUUUACCCGUUCGUCGCACCUAUCCCUGGGAGGGCGGGCUGGGGUGUGGAAGCGGUGCCCCGCGGACCCGUGGGGAGACAAGCCCUGGUCUCCGAGGCUGCAAAACGCUCGGCACCGCGGGAGCCGCUCUCGGCUCUCCCAACUAGGUACCGAGCACCCCGCGCGCCUGCUCCGCUGCGGAGCCGAGAGGCAAAGAGGGCCGGCGCUGCGUGGAAGGCCCGGGGGCUUCAGCCCGUGCGGGGGAAACCGAGGCGCAGCCAACCAGGAAAUUGGAGGCAGCCGAGGCCACGGGGAAGCCGGGGGAGGUGCCCGGGGGCCACGGGAAAGUGGGAGGGGCUCGGGCGUGGCUCCACCCGCGGCACUAGGAGCCUGGGCGGGCGCGCACGUGUGUAUACAAGUGCGUGGGCCCACUCGGCGUCCCGGACUACAAGUUCCGGCGUGCCCAGCGGCGCUCCCGGGUUUUCUGGCCGCGCCGCCCGCUGGCUCCGAGCAGGUCGCCACUGGCUGGCAGUCGCCACCCAGUCCCAGAGUAAAUAAGGGAGAGACACUCCCGCGCACCGUAAAUAGAGUCCAAGUGGGCGGAGAGCUGCCCCGCGCCGCCUGCUCAUGUCUCUGCAGAGCCGAGUGUCCGGCCGCCUGGCACAGCUGCGCGCGGCGAGGCAACUGCUGGUCGCCCCGCGCCCCUGGCCCGGGCGCUUGGGGGGUGCCCCGCGGACCCGCAGCAGCGCGUGCGGUCCCCCGGCGUCCCUGGGCGCGUUUGGCCGCCAGGCGCAGACCUCAGCUGGAGUUGGGUCGUGGGGGUCGGCGGCGGUGGGGCGGACAGCCGGGGUGCGCACUUGGGCCCCCCUGGCCAUGGCGGCGAAGGUGGACCUGAACACCUCCACCGACUGGAAGGAGGCGAAAUUGGAGUCUCACUGUGUCGCCCAGGCUGGUAUGAUCUCAGCUCACUGCAACCUCCGCCUCCCAGAUUCAAGCGAUUCUCCUGCCUCAGCCUCCUGUGUAGCUGAAACUACAGCCUUUCUGAAGGGCCUGAGUGACAAGCAGCGGGAGGAACAUUACUUCUGCAAGGACUUUGUGAAACUGAAGAAGAUCCCUACGUGGAAGGAGAUGGCGAAAGGGGUGACCACGAAGGUGGAGGAGCCCAGGUAUAAAAAGGACAAGCAGCUCAAUGAGAAGAUCUCCCUGCUCCGUGGCGACAUCACCAAGCUGGAGGUGGAUGCCAUCGUCAAUGCUGCCAACAGCUCCCUGCUCGGAGGCGGUGGUGUGGACGGUUGCAUUCACCGGGCCGCCGGCGCCCUGCUCACCGACGAGUGCCGGACCCUGCAGAGCUGCGACACCGGCAAGGCCAAGAUCACCUGCGGCUAUCGGCUGCCCGCCAAAUACGUCAUCCACACGGUGGGACCCAUGACCUACGGAGAGCCCAGCGCCAGCCAGGCUGCCGAGCUCCGCAGCUGCUACCUGAGCAGCCUAGACCUGCUGCUGGAGCACCGGCUCCGCUCGGUGGCGUUCCCCUGCAUCUCCACCGGCGUGUUUGGCUACCCCAGUGAGGCGGCGGCCGAGGUCGUGCUGGCCACGCUGCGCGAGUGGCUGGAGCAGCACAAGGACAAGGUGGAGCGGCUGAUCAUCUGCGUGUUCCACGAGAAGGACGAGGACAUCUACCGGAGCCGGCUUCCCCACUAUUUCCCUGUGGGUCGGGAAACCAUGGGGCAACCUGGGAGGUCGGGGACACCCACAGACACCUCUGACUCUGCUCUGCCCUCAGACCCGCCUUCCGGACCUCGCUCCCAGCUCUGAGAGGUCGCCAAAGCCUGCAGCCUGGCCACCCCCACUUUCCCUCUGCGCCCACCCGGAGGAGCCUAAUAAAGAUCACCCUGUGGCA